UAGCUGUCUCGCUUUCGUCACACAACGCGCAAUUUGUAUUUGUUUUGUUUAAAUUCCGUUUUUAAUUGUUAAUUCUUAGAUUUAAACAAUGGCUUCGUUUCUGGACAUGCUGACGGGCAGUUCGAGCGUCGACCUGAAAAAGUGCGGCGACGUGGUGGUCUCGCCCAGUGAUAAUAUGCUGGCGAUUUACUGUCACUUCUGCCGGGACAUUUUCACCCAUUUGCCGGAGUUUUUGAGACACCUCCAGUGGGCGCAUGUGGACCAGUUGCACUUCACCAAGGAGCACAACGUGUACAGCGUGGAGGAGCUGAUGUCCGAUGAGGAGGAAUUUCAGUCCACGGGGGGCAACAGCAGCAGCGGCGGCGACUCCGGGGUGCAGGCAGAAUCUGAGGAAUCUGUGGCCUUCAAGGGUUUCCAGGAUGACUCCAACGAUAGCCACGAAAAACGUAAGUAACUAGGUGCCCUUCCUCAAAAGUAUCAUUUAAAUCCAAUUACUUAACCCCCAGUUGCACUCAAUCCGCCUGAAGAGAAGGAAUCUAAGGUGGAACAUCACGGUUUCAAAGGACCUCGCAACAAGACUGAAAAUGCGGGGAAAUUCCUGAAGAUAUGCGACCUGAAAAGCCAUUCCAUAGCCAGGAAGUCGAGGAAACAAAUGAGUUCGGUAAAGAGCCGCAUCCUACAAGCCAUUAAAGGCGAUUUGCUGGAUCCGUUUCAAAUGAAGCCUUCGAAACCCAGCAGCAAUCUCCCCAUAAGCGAACCUCUGCAAGAAGAGAACAUACCCACGCAUACCUAUCAAACUCCUCCUAAACCAGCACCGAAACCAUCAAAUUUAAGUGUAAGGAAGUCUACAUUAACCCAGGCACAUGUCACUUUGGCAUUGAAGAAAACAGCUGAGAAUCUUCAAGCUAACACCUCCUCAACUGUGGAGAAACAAGUAGUCCACAUCGCCAAACCGGCUAACCAAGGUGAAGUGGUGAAAAAAAGAAAAUCAUCUCCCUUACAAAUAAAGCAGGUGGAGGUCCUGCCAACUCUUAAAACACUUCCCAAGACAUUAUUUAAGGCUCAACAUGCCAUUAAAAAUAGUGUAGUUACUUCUAAACCAGAACCAAAAAGAGUUAUUAAAGAGAUUGUUGAGCCCCAAGUGGGAAAACUAGACAAAAAACCAAGUUCUCCUGCCCUCACAUUAAAAACACCUCUUAAUACACUUCCAAAGACUUUGUUUAAGGUAAAAGACAGUGCAAACACAUCGUCCAACCCACAACAAACUAACAAACAGUCGAUAAAAAUAGUUCCUUAUGAGAAUCACGAUCAGCAACAGAGAGAAAGAAAGAUUCUGAGGCUUAAUCAGGAGCAAAGCAUCAGUCUCAAACUAAAUGCAAUCAAUACACAAAACAAAAUAGAGAUAUCUAAUGAUAGUACUGAAAACAAAAAUGCGAAACCUGAAAAAUUGGAGGUGUUUGUCCAGCCUAUAAUAAAAAAGGGUCUCACCAGUCACAAAAAUGCAACUUAUAAUAACUUGUAUACACUUUUGAAAAAAAUCGGUUUGCCAGCAAUAUUAGACGAAAGCUACGAGGGCAGGAUAAAGAUGGACGAGUUGGAGAAAUUGCGCGAGAAGGCUGCCAAGUUUAGUAAAAUCUACAGCAAGUACGAUUCCAUUUGGAACAAUAGAAGUGUGAAGUCGCCAGAACACACUUCUUUUAUGGUUUCCGCUCUGACUACAGAAGUAAACUCGGCGAUAAUGUGCACGCUGACGAACACAGAAAUGAAACGCAUUAUUAACUUGAUUUCAGCUUGGCACAAAGAUAUGAAAUAUGAGAUUUUCAAGAAGACAACUCUGCCGGCCUCCACUGAACAUUAUCUAAGUUUAUUCCGAUUUUUGCCAAUUAAUUUUGCAUACUUUUGCGAAAGUUGCGACGAAGUAUUUUCCUCUGAAGAAGUCUACAAGAAGCAUUUGCUGAGUCACAAUCCCAUGCUGUACCGUUGCAAAGUAUGCGCUAAAUGCUUCAAGCACAAGGGAUUUUACGAUAAACAUAUGCGAAUUCAUUUAGAGGAAGAAAAGGAGAAGGUUCCUAGUUAAAGUUGUACUUUUUGUCAAACGCUACACUUUGAUUUGUAGUUGUCAAAGAGAAAUUCAUUUUUCUGUUCAAGUUUAAAGCUAAAUGUUGCUUUACUGUCAUUUAAAAGUAAAGACUGUCAAGUUAUCUUAAUUAUAAAAUUAUUAAAUUAAAUAUUUUGUAACCAUUCUAUUCUAUUUUUGAGUUAUAAAUAAAUAACAACAUUUCACA